CAUGGGUCUGUACCAGGAGAAGAUCCGGGCCUACCGCAUCCUGCCGAUCCACAGGAACAUCAGCUGUAUCCGAGACAUUGUCCUAGGGGAGCGUUGGGCAUACGUCUUCCUAGAGAAGGACCACGGGGACAUGCACACCUUCGUUAAGAGCUGCAAGCGUUUGGACGAGGAGCGGGCGGCACAGCUCUUUCACCAGGUGGCGUCGGCCGUGUCACACUGUCACCAGCAUGGCGUCGUAUUAGGAGACCUGAAGCUACGCAAGUUUGUCUUCUCCAACAGGAAAAGGACCCAUGUGAAGCUGGAAGGCCUGGAGGACUGCAAGGUUCUAGAAGGAGAAGACGACUCCAUGUCAGACACCCACGGCUGCCCAGCCUACGUCAGCCCAGAGAUCCUGAACGGCUCCAGCUCCUACUCCGGGAAGCAGGCGGACAUCUGGUCCCUAGGGGUGAUGCUCUACACUAUGCUGGUGGGACGCUACCCUUUCCACGACCCAGACCGAGCUACCCUCUUCUCCAAGAUCCGGUGGGGCCAGUGCUGCCUUCCCGAGGGCCUCUCUCCCCGGGCCAAGUGUCUGCUGCGCUCCCUGCUGAGGAAAGAACCAUGGGACAGACUGACCGCCGCCGAGGUGCUUAUCCAUCCGUGGUUCCACACCACCACCGCCAACAUACAGGAAACAGGUGUCAGUGAACAGGAAGUGGAUUGGUCGGAACAGACAGUGCCUUCCUGUGACACGGAAGAGGAGGAUGAUCUGUUCUGUUGAUCGAUGGGAUGAAUCACUGUGACUCACUCAACCUCUCGAGUGGAAUCGGACCAAAAAUAUGUUCAAGGGGGAUUUUUGUAUUUUCUUUUGUGGCACAUUUGAGAAGGUUAUUUUGGUUGUAUACUUUGCAGUAUGUUUGCCAAUCGGUUGUGCAGCCAGACUUAUUGGCCAUUCCUUUUGCCUCAUCCCUCUCAACCAUAACAUUUCUUUAAUUCCUCGCCAAUCUAAGGGAAUGUAACAGUUUUUACAGUCCCUUUCAUGUUUAUUAGUUACUGGAAUAAGCAAUUUCAUAUAUUAUGUCAAGUACAGCGUCUGGUUGCUCCUCAUUACACACCACAGA